AUGGCUGGAGGAUUUGAGAAGUCGGUAAAGGGGGCCACCAAGCUCAAGCUUGCGGCUCCUAAAUCCAAAUACAUCGAACAUAUUCUAGUGGCGACCCAUACCGGCGAGGCAGGAGUCGCGGAGGUAUUCCGGUCACUCCAGCUUCGACUCCGAGACUCGGCGUGGACCAUUGUUUUCAAGGCGCUUAUCGUUCUUCAUCUUAUGAUCCGUGAGGGCCAGCUCGAUGCUGCGCUAGGAUACUUGGCCGAUAACCCGAGAAAAAUCGCCCCCAGCAACUUCUCUGAAGCUCAAUCGCAGGGGAAUAACAUCCGACGAUAUGCCGAGUACCUUAUCACGCGCGCCAAGGCGUUUGAUGCUUCCAAGACUGACCAUGUGCGAAGCGGACCGGGACGGUUGAAGAGAAUAGGCGUGGAGAAAGGUCUCUUGAGGGAGACUGAAAUUGUACAGAAACAGAUUCGUGUGUUACUGCGGUGUGAUUUAUUGUCGGAUGAGCCUGAGAACGAGAUCAGUCUGACUGCGUUCCGUCUCCUCACGCUCGAUCUGUUGACUCUAUAUUCAGUCAUGAACGAGGGCACUAUCAAUGUUUUGGAGCACUACUUUGAGAUGUCGCGGCCGGAUAGUAUACGCGCCCUGGCAAUCUAUAAGACGUUCACAAAACAAACAGAAGAAGUGGUUCAGUUUUUGGGAGUGGCAAGACAUUUCCAAUCUGCCACCCGCCUAGAAAUCCCGAAGCUCAAGCAUGCCUCUACGGACCUGGCACGUCUUCUUGAGGAUGAUCUCAACGACCCUGACUUUGAUCUUCGCCGACGCGAAUACUUGGCUAAGAAAGGUGUACGCGCUCCACCAGGUACUGAAUCCAGUGGGACUGCCGAUGUAUCAAAGCCAAUACCAACCCCGCCGUUUUCGAACCAACCGAAGCAGGCCGAACAACCGAAGCCAGUACCCGUGGACUUGAUAGACUUCUUUGAUUCAAUUGAGCAGAACCAGCAGCCAAUGGUUCAACAGACCCAAAUGCAGUAUCAACAAACAGGCUUCCAACAACAGACGCCGCAGCAAGCCUUCUAUCCCCAGCAAACCGGUUUCCAACAGCAACCCCAGGCGAUUCAGCAACCUCAGGCGAUUCAGCAACCUCAGGCGAUUCAGCAGCCUCAAGCGAUUCAGCAGCAGCCCCUGGCAACCGGAUAUGGCCAACCGGCGCAAUACGGUGCGCCUUAUCAAGUACAGAAUCCCAACAAUCCUUUUGGUCAGCAGCAGCAGCAGCAGCAGCAGCAGCAACAACAACAACAACCACAGCCGCCGCAGCUACAGCCGCUUCAAGCUAUGCCAACCGGUGCUGGAUUUGGAGGAUACUCAGCGCAGCCCCAGUCAUAUGGUUUCCAAUCACAUUUGGUUCCAAUUCCGCAGGAAAAUGUUCCCGCCUUCCCUCAACAGCAACAACAAGGACUCCAGCCCUUGCAGCCUCAGCACACAAAUCCAUUCCGCCAGUCGGCGAUGCUUAAUUCCUCCACGGCGGCUCAGCCGGCCGCCACUCCACUCUCGCGACAGAACACGAACCCGUUCGCCAGACGACUUUCUAGCGCAAACCAGCAAUAUAAUACUUCAAACGAGCAACUCCAGCCCGUGCAACCCCCACAAGCGCAACCGAUCCAACCCCAGCGUACGGGAACCAAUCCUUUUGCGCGUAGCUCUCCUGCUCCGCAGUCAGGCCUUCAACCUCCAGCAGCUGCCCCCUUGCGACCUAACCUUACUGGCAGCACCAACCCGUUCCGACAGAGCCAGUUUAUCAACCAGCAAACCGGACAAGGUUGGCAAAACAGUGGGCAGAGUGGUACAAUGGGCGGAUUAGAACAACUGGAAACCGUGCCAAUCUUCCCGCGACCUGGCAUGACCUAA